CUUUCCCACAGCCAUCACCAACCCCGGCUGGUUUUGUUGGCACCUGCGGAGGGGGGUGCCUCCUCCCCUCACGGAUCUUUGCCGGCCUUCAGGAGCUCCCGUCGGUCCGGAGCGAGGAUACCCGCUUUCUGCGGAGCGGGCAUUUCGGAUUGUCCAUUGUUAAGAUUAUUCUUCCAGCUUGGUUUUAAGUCGGGAACGGUUCGGCGGAGAGGCGUCUGACGGCAUCGGUGAAUCGAAUGGACCACCAACCCUCCCCCAGGAGCUGCAGCCGGGGGCCCCCAGCCUGCGACACUGUCCAGAGUGACCCUCCUAUGAAUGUUUUCAUUCACACGACCACCGGGGCCCGGUAUGAGCUCUCUGUCCCCGUGGAAGAGACGGUGGAAGGUUUGAAGAGGCGGCUGUCUCAGAGGCUUAAAGUCCCCAAGGAGCGGCUGGCUCUUUUACAUAAAGAAAGUCGUCUGAAUUCAGGCAAACUGCAAGAUUUGGGGGUCGGAGAAGGAAGCAAGUUGACUCUGGUACCUACGGUGGAAGCUGGCUUGAUGUCUCAAGCAUCUAGACCAGAACAAUCCGUGAUGCAAGCAUUAGAAAGUUUAACUGAAACUCAGGUAAACGACUUCCUGUCCGGGAGGUCCCCCCUGACCCUUGCCCUGCGGGUGGGCGAUCACAUGAUGUUUGUCCAGCUGCAGCUCGCAGCUCAGCAGAACAGCGGGCAGCUCCAACACCGCCACGUGAUCGCCAGCCGUGGAGAGCAAGCCGGAGGCACGACCGCAACCAUGCCGGUGCCGACAGCCGGACCGGCCGCCUCCAGUUGCCGCACCCUCCACGGGGGCAGCCCCACGUCCUCCACUUUUGCCCGACUCCCCACGGCGCCCACUUGCCCGCAAAGCCCUGUGCCCAGUCCUGCUGCUUCUCCGUCGCCAAUGCAGACAAUGCCGCUGUACUGUACCACCGCUAACCCAACGCCCGUCACAGCAGGGAUGUUCCACUCGCACGGGGCCAGUGCGCAAACAGUCAACGGUGGGGGGAGUGGCAGCGUCCUUUCUUCGUGCUCAGAGGUGGACUGCAGCACCCGGAGUAAAAGUUCGCCCAGCAGCAGCCCCACCCAGGCCUCCCGGACCCGCAAACACGGCGCUGUGAUAGAAAGCUUUGUUAACCACGCCCCUGGGGUUUUUUCGGGAACGUUUUCUGGCACUUUGCACCCCAAUUGCCAAGACAGCAGCGGGCGGCCGCGCCGAGACAUCGGCACCAUCCUGCAGAUCCUCAACGACCUCCUGAGCGCCACGCGGCACUACCAGGGCAUGCCCCAGUCGCUGACGCAGCUGCGGUGCCAGACGCAGUGCUCCCUGUCGACCCCCUCCCUGGAUCUCACCAAUCACACUACCUCAGAAAGGACGGCAGCCGCUGCUAACCAGCCCUUGCACUUGGGGGUCCCGUGCCCGAGCCAAGCAGCCACCUGCAAGCCCGCUGGCGACCGGUUGCGGCAGACGGAGAACCGCGCCACGCGUUGCAAAGUGGAACGCCUGCAGCUUUUGAUGCAGCAGAAACGGCUGCGCCGGAAGGCGAGGCGGGACGCCCGAGCCCCCUACCACUGGCUGCCCAACCGAAAGUCCGGCCGCACCAGCAGCAACAGCAGCGUUUCUAGUGAAGGCAGCCUUGAUCUGGACUUCGAAGAUUCAGUUUGGAAACCCGAAGUCAAGGCGGACAUGAAAUCCGAAUUUGUCGUAGCAUAAAAAUAAUAAACCUUGGGUAGGGGAAACAGAAUCCUUUGGGGUGGGCGGGGCGGGGAAGGGGGUGUUGGAAAAAGAAUUCAAAGACCAUUUAGUAAUAAUAAUAAUAAUAAUACAUUUUUGGUCCGUGAGAGCAAAGUUUUUGGGUGCUUGAUUAUAAAACAAGACUGGAUUGCUGUGGAUUUCGUUGGGUGGACCUCGUCUUCAGACGCGUCGAGGUGGAUGAGGCCAGCCUAGGAACAGUAUUUUCUAUUUUCAGAACUGUUCUGCUUUUAUUUUAAGAACUGAAACAGCUUGGGGGCAAAGCAGGCAAGCGAGAGACAAUUCAGAAAGAUGGCAAACACACGUCUUGGGGGGGUGGUUGUUUUGUUUCAGAAAGAGGAAUCUUCCGAUGGCUGCCUUAGAAAACAUGUGGACGAAAAGCUGGACCAGUCAUGGACUGGAUGGAGAGCGAUGAAGACUUUAACCUUCUGGCUUCCUGAUUUUUUUUUUUAUUAUUGGGGGUCGGAGGGAGAAAGAGGAAGGGGAGAACCGCUGGGGUGUGCUGAAGGCUGCUUCCUCCCCACCGGCGCAUUGACGAAGGGGUGUGUUUGAAACUGGAGGCAGUGUCGUUCCCGGGAAACUUCCUCCUUUUUUUUUUUUAAAAAAAA